AUAAAAAAAAGAAAGAAACAGCGUCCUGCAUAUUUUAGACUAAACCAAGUCGAUGCGUGGGUUUUCCUUCUGUGUUUAUUUGGCAAAAGGGAAGUUUUAAUGAUUCCGAGGAUAAAAGCUGAGGGUACAGGAAGGUGAACUGCACGGUAAGCGUUGCGCUCGGUUUUGUUUCCGCACGAGAGUCGGUGUGCCUCCAGCAUGAAGUUGGUAAAUAGGGUUUGACCUCGUGUUGACAGACAAGCUGGAUUAAACGCUGUUGUAGCAGGAGGAGGAGAAAAGGAGGACUACCAGCUAAAGACAGCAACUUCUGCUGCCAGCAGCUCCAGCAGAAAAACAUCCCAGUCCGUCUAUUAUAUAACUAAACAGGCGUGUUUGGCUUGACCUCUGAUAAAACCCAUCAGCAGAGACCCUGCACCGCAGCUGCUGGCUGUGUUCAGCCCAUCAUGGCGACUGAUAUGAUGUUACUCAUGCGAGGUUUGGCUAAAUUGAGCCAGGCCGUCGUAGAGACUCAGAGCAACGCCUUGCGCAAGGGUACAGGAGUUGGUGCUGCUGUCCAAGGUGUCCAAACGGCUGCAGAGCAAGGCCUGUCAGUGGCCAUGAUGAAAAUGCAGGAGCUGUCUGGUCAGCAACAAUCCGCUUCGUCAGAGUCGGACUUUGACUUUCCUCAGGACGAAAUGCCAUUGUCCGAGUCGGAGUUUAGAGAAGAAGACACAAACAGUCCAACAGAUCAUUCUCCAAACCCCGUCAGUGGAAACCAGUCCGUGUUUGAGGGAUACAAAGAUCCGAGUAAACAGUUUAGUGGUCACACCAGGUCGUAUCAUCAAGACGCCAGGCACUUCCUUGGUCAACAUAAUCUUUACAGCCCGAGCAGACACGUGCUGCAUGAAGUAAACCAUCAACACCCAGCGAGUCUGGUCCGAAGCUACCAUCAGGACCAGUCGUCAGUGGGAGGCCUGACAGCAGAGGACAUAGAGAAAACCAGCCAGAGCAAGAGGGUGGACGAGAAACCACAUAAACAGAUGUUAAGUGAAAGAGCCAGAGAGAGGAAGGUCCCUGUGACCCGGCUCGGCAGACUGGCUAACUUUGGAGGUUUGGCUGUUGGUUUGGGGAUUGGAGCUUUAGCAGAAGUGGCCAAGAAGAGCAUCGGGAUGAAUGGUGCUGCAGGUGAAAAUAAGAAAGCCGUUCUGGACUCGAGCCCUUUCCUGUCUGAGGCUAACGCUGAGCGCAUCGUCAGAACUCUGUGCAAAGUCCGAGGAGCGGCGCUGAAACUGGGUCAGAUGCUCAGCAUUCAGGAUGAUGCGUUUAUCAACCCGCAGCUCGCCAAGAUCUUCGAGCGUGUGCGGCAGAGCGCAGACUUCAUGCCAAUCAAACAAAUGACAAAAGCGUUAAAUAGCGAUUUAGGCCCAAACUGGAGGGACAAACUGGAAUCGUUUGAAGAGCGUCCGUUUGCAGCAGCGUCCAUCGGCCAAGUUCACCUAGCGAGGAUGAAGGAUGGGAGGGAGGUGGCCAUGAAAAUACAGUAUCCCGGUGUGGCUCAGAGCAUCGACAGUGACGUCAACAACUUGAUGGCGGUGCUGAAUAUGAGCAACGCUUUGCCCGAAGGCUUGUUUCCGGAGCAUCUGAUCCAUGUAAUGAGGAAAGAGCUGGCGCUGGAGUGUGACUACAUUAGAGAAGCUCAGUGUGCCAAGAGGUUCAGAGAGCUGCUGAAGGACAAUCCAUUCUUCUACGUACCAGAGGUGAUCGAGGAGCUGAGCAGCAGCCACGUCCUCACCACUGAACUGGUUCCUGGGUUUCCUCUGGACAAAGCUGAGAGCCUCUCACAGGAGCUGAAGGACGAGAUCUGCCUGAACAUCUUGCUGCUGUGCCUCAAAGAGCUGUUUGAGUUCAGGUACAUGCAGACGGAUCCAAACUGGUCCAACUUCUUCUAUGACCCGCAGACACACAGGGUGGCGCUGUUGGACUUUGGAGCAACGAGAGGCUUCGAUCAGAGUUUCACGGAUGUUUACAUUGAGAUCAUCCGAUCAGCUGCCGAGGGCAACAGAGAGGGAGUCCAGAAGAAAUCUGUUGAGAUGAAGUUCCUCACUGGGUAUGAGUCCAAGGCGAUGGUGAAUGCCCACGUGGACGCGGUGAUGAUCCUCGGCGAGGCCUUCGCCUCUGCUGGGACCUUCGACUUCGGCUCGCAGUCUACCACUGAGAGGAUCCACAACCUGAUCCCGGUGAUGCUCAAACACCGCCUCACCCCUCCUCCAGAGGAGACGUACUCGCUGCACCGGAAGAUGGGCGGCUCGUUCCUGAUCUGCUCCCGGCUGAAAGCCAAGCUCCAGUGUAAGGAUAUGUUCCAGAAGGCCUAUGAGAACUACUGGCAGGGCCGUGCUCCACCCCCCAAGUGAACCGGAUGGAUGGACUUGUGCUGGGGCCAACAGCGAAGAACGGAUGGAGGAAGAGGAGGCCAUGUUUCCUGCCUUUGACUGGUCACAGAGAACCAGAGUUUAUUAGUUUGGGAAACCAGAGAUGAAGCCAUUAUACCUAAUCAAACCCUUUUUUAGAGGGAGAGGGACGUGUUAUCUGCAGUGUUUUAGGGUAAAUAUGCAUGUCUGGCCCCGAGGAAGAACUCGAAUGUGAGCAGGGUGACGUUCGAUCUGCUCUCUGAUCGCGUCGACACGAUUCUUGGAUUUCCUGUUUUUAUUCUUUUUGUAUUGCUGUGUUUUCUUGAACUUUUAGGUAACAAGGUCCAGUUUUAUCUUUACUAUAAUCCAUACAUUUUGGUAAAGAUGCAACACUGAUUGCAAUAAAAUUAGUCCUGACCUCAAACCGCAAAACCAAAAGUCACGGAAAAGCAAUGUUUGUGGACUUUAUGAGUCUGAGUUUUGACCAACUGAUGGGUCCGCUCCUUUUGAGGACGCUGGAUUUAUAUUUUCUGAUGAAUAGUUUUUGGCAGAUGUAGUGUUUAGUGACUAACAGGUGUUCGUCAGUCCUUACGCACAAGGCCUGAUCAUCUAUGGCAUGUACAGAAACCUCUAUGUCGGCUGGAAAUACACCAGAUCCAAGCUGGUUGGCACACUUCAGCUGCUGCUCAAACGUUUUUAGCUCCUUUUAUUUUUGCAUAAUAUUCAUUUAAUGAUUUAGUGUAUUUUUUAUACUUUAUUUUAAGUGGCAUUUUAAGAUUUAUCUGGAGUUUUUCCAUUUUUGACAUUAGAGGAAUCGGGAUGGCUGAUCACUGUUUUAUCAAGCCUGUUUUGUUUUUUUGUUUUUGGCCCACAACCAUAACUGCUUAUUAAUGCAAAUUACAAUGUCACAUAUUUAAAAAUUGUAAGACUAAUGUUUUAAUACACACACUUCUACUCCAAUCUGAUGUCUAAAUGACAACAAAGGUGUCUUGUGAUGACAUUGAGGCAGUUUUCUAUACAGGGUAUCCGCUGGUCCUUAAAACAUUAAAUUUACUUUUCCAAAUUUAAGGCCUUAAAAAUGACAAAUAAUCCUUAAAUACAGUUUCCAAAGGUCCUAAAUUACCAAAGACCCAAUAAACAAGAUUAUUUUAUUUUUAAAGAAAUUUCGUGAAUUUCUAGUUAGUGUUCAGCAUAUUUUGUGUAUGACGUUGGCAUAAGCGGAACCGUAUACAUUCAGUGGAAGGGGGCUAUUUUAGACGAGCACAUUUGCUGGUUAAGCUAGUGGGAGCUUGCGCCAUGGUAAAGUGCAAGUUUAAUGGUAACUGGAUGGCUAAUCCCACGUCCGCGACGUUCCAGGCAAUAGCUGGAAAUCAUAGCUUAAAUUUAAUUUAAAAAAUAGCUUAAAUUUGGUGAAAGUGGCCUUUAAAAGGUCUUAAAAAGUCUUAAAUUUGGCUCCCUUAAACCUGCAGAUACCCUGUCUAUAGGACUCAGUUUAUAUAAAAGACCAAAAAGGUUUGAAUUACAUUAAUUUGGUAUCUGAAACAAACAUCACUGGAAGUAUUUCUACAGAAAUGUCUAAUUUCUAAUCAGAGGCUCAGACAAAUCCAAUCCAGGUUCUUCACAAAUGGGGAAAAUAAAAAACAUGAUGUUUGAGUCAGUUUGUAAUAUUUGAAAUAGCUUGAAUUAGUAAAUGUUUGUAUAUUAUUUGACUUGGCAUCCAUUUAGGGCCAUGCCUUAUUUGAUUCGUAGCAUUUUCCUUGCAGGUUUUCAACCCCUAGUUUGAUUUUAGUCAAAUUUGUACAGAAAUGGAUUCAUGCCUGUUUGAUGAUGAGUGUAGUACAAACCGGGUCUGUGGCUGUGCUCAUGAAUGCUGAUGAAACUACAGGAUAGAAAGAAACUAAACGCACAAGAUCACUCGCACAAGUCGGUGAUGUCUCCGCGCCUCAUUGGAUACAGAGUCACCUGGUUGGACUGUAACUGAAAGUUCUCCGUGUCCUGCUAUGUAAAUGCAAUUAUAAUGCUUUAUUGUCUGAAAUGGGAAGAAAUAAUAAUAAAUGUGCCUGUCACUUAAAGCAAAUUAGCUUUUAGCUAGAUGUAUUAAAUUUAUCACUUAUGUUGUCUGUUUUCAAUUUUAUAAUCCCAAAACAUUCUUAACUAGAAGUUAGAACAAUUUCUUGUACAAAUAGAGUAAAUGUUUGAUCUACUCUUGUCACUGUGUGGGUUUCUGUGCCCUAAAUGCUCUCGAAUGGACUUCACAUUAACAUUUUUUGUUACUAGUUUAGCAAAUGUGUAAAUCUAAGCAAACAAGGGUUUACUUUGUGUUUAAAAAGUAAAAAGAUGCCAUCCAAUCCAGUAGAAAAAAAUCUGUACUAUUGACAGUUUUACCAUUAUUAUUGACUUCAGGUUGCAUUGUAUGGAAACCCAUUCCUGCCACUAAUAAAAAAAAUGUAUGUCAUAA